UAAAAAAAUGUAAACAAAGAGUUUGAUCUCAUGAGGAAAACGUACUUUUGUUUUAAAAAAAAAAGAAGACAUGUCUAUUUAAAAUAUUACUUCAUUUUUCCAAGUUGAAAACAUUGAAAUUCAGCUUCUUUGACUUGUGUAUUCACAUAUGCUGAAGCAUGUCUGGCUUGGAUGAAAUCACCUUCCGACUAGACGAAACAGACCCUUAAACGAUCAGCAAAAAAGGGUUAUGAAUACCGACGGUGGUUUUCUAAUAUCUUCUUUACUAGGAAUCUGGUUGAUUGGCCCGAUUGGAAUUUGUUUUGUCAGCUUGUCUAUUUUAAUAAUGUGUUUUUGGAGAGUAGAGGCAAAUGUUGUUAAACCAGAAACUUUGAUUGUUGACACCAAAGACUGUGUCCGUCACCACCAGAAUAAAUUUUCUAGUCAAUCUGGCUUACAAAGAUUUGACUUUAAGUAUUCUUGUAAUAAAAGUAACCACUGUUCAAGAUUUUGGGUCAAACCAGUAUUGUUGUUUAAAAACAAACCACUGGAGCUGCCUCAGAGGCUUAGGAAGAAUUUGGGUUUGUUGCGAAACAUGCAUCAUACCAACAUUAAUCCCUUCAUUGGUGCAAUUUUCGAAGACAACAAAUUAUAUUUGAUAACUCCAUAUUGCAUACUAGGAAGCUUACAGGAUGUACUUUCAGAUGCAAGCAUUUCAUUUAGAAAGUCUGUGAUCAUUUCUAUGAUUCAAGACCUGAUUAGUGGCCUUGCAUACAUUCACCAUAGUCCCAUAUUGUGCCAUGGUCAUUUGAAGUCCUCCAAUUGUCUGGUGAAUUCUUACUUUCGACUCAAAGUCUCAGACUUUGGUAUUAAUCGGUUGCGAGAACUCAAUCCAAACAAGUCUCCAGCUGUAGUUGACAGGUUAUGGCUGGCCCCAGAACUGUUGCGAAAUGAACGUUAUUACCCAUCUUGUCAAGCAGAUAUCUAUGCUUUUGCCGUAAUUCUUCAUGAAAUCAUUCAUCGGCAGGGCCCUUUUAAUGUAAACGCAACGCCUUCGGUGGAUGUUGGUUUUAUAGUGAGCCAAAUCCGGCAGAGUUCUAGACCUAAUAUAUUCGGUCGCUCAGAAUAUUUUCGCCCUCAAAUCAAGGAUGAUUCGAAUAUAGAGUCUGGUUGUCCCUUUUACAUUCGAUGUUGUUUAGAAGACUGUUGGCAAGAAAAGCCUAAUAUGCGACCUAACAUUGAUGAAGUAUUUUGCCGACUUUCGCUCAUGAGAAAUGAAACGGACUCUCAAAUGGUUUUCCAAAACGAGGAUGAUGAACUCGUUGCUUUGCAAAAUGUCAAAGACAAAAAAUCAAGAUUGCUUUCCAGCAUAAUUCCCAGUCAUGCAGCCAAUCAGCUUGUAAAAGGUUUACGUGUUAAACCACAGUUUUUUGAAUCAGUGACUCUUCUAUUUACGAAUAUUUGUAACUUUCGUCGAAUUUCCGAGACCAGCUCGCCACAUGAGCAUGUACGCAUGCUCGAUGAUCUCUACAAUUUGUUUGAUUCUGUCGUCCAAGGAUAUCGCGUCUAUAAAGUAGAGACAGUAAAAGACACAUAUUUCGUGGCUUCAGGGCUUGUUCCCCAAGAAAAUCAUCAUACAGUUGAAGCUGCGUUGCUGGCCCUUCAUCUUCUUAAUUCUUUCCGAAGUUAUACAAUCCCUCAUUGUCCGUCACUUCCAGUUUACCUUCGUAUCGGGAUGCAUCUAGGUCCAGUGGCAGCAGGCGUGAUUGGACUGGAUAAACCUCGCUUUUGUCUGUUCGGAGAUACCGUGAACAUGACAUCGCGACUGAGUACAACGGGUGAACCUUCGCAAAUUCAAAUUAGCUCAGAGUGCCACAUAGCCCUAGUAAAAACGGGAGGCUUUAUUACGAAAGAGCGUGACAUGACUUACAUCAAAGGUAAAGGUCGGCUAAAAACCUACUGGCUUCUUGGUACCCAACCUAAACGCGAAGUUGAAAGGAUAUGACCAGUGUUUUCUCCGCGAUAAGCUGUAACACUGUCUGAAAUAUUUUAUUUUAUAAUGCUGUUCUAGUGAUUUAUAUAUUCCACAUUCCAUCGAAGAUUAUAACAUCCAGUGAUCAUAUCGUUGACGAUAUUAAGCUGGAUGUUUUGUAAAAA